AUCCAUCUUCUUGAGAAUGGAGAGAUUCACAUCUACAGUCGCAACCAAGAAGACAACACUUCUAAAUUUCCUGACAUCAUUGCUAGAAUGUCAAAGGCGUUCUCGAGUGAUGUAAAGUCCUUCAUUAUUGAUACCGAAGCAGUCGCGUGGGACAGAGAAAGAAAGCAAAUCCUUCCCUUCCAAGUUCUCAGUACCAGAAAACGAAAGGACGCAGAGGCCUCACAGAUUAAAGUGCAAGUUUGUGUCUACGCAUUUGAUUUAAUCUACCUCAAUGGCAAGUCCUAUAUCAAGGAGCCGUUCAGCGUUCGAAGAGAGACGCUGAGAUCGUCGUUCAAAGAAGUAGAAGGGGAAUUCAUGUUCGCUACGUGCAUGACAUCGACGAAUACUGAAGACAUCGAAGAAUUCUUGGAAGAAUCCAUCAAAGGAAACUGUGAAGGAUUGAUGGUGAAAACACUGGAUAAAGAUGCUACCUACGAGAUUGCUAAAAGAUCGCACAACUGGCUGAAGCUGAAGAAAGAUUAUCUAGCAGACGUGGGUGACACGUUAGACCUCGUCGUUAUUGGUGGCUACCUUGGGAAGGGCAAAAGGACUGGUUCUUAUGGCGGGUUCUUACUUGCUUGUUAUGAUGUAGAAAGCGAAGAGUUCCAAACUAUCUGCAAGAUUGGUAGUGGCUUUACUGAUGAAUUCCUGGACAAACAUUACCAGUUCUUCAAAGAUCAUAUCAUCGAAAAACCCAAAUCGUACUAUCGCUAUGACGACGGACAAGAACCCGAAGUGUGGUUCGACGCAGUUCAGGUAUGGGAAGUAAGAGCCGCUGAUCUUUCCAUUUCUCCUGUGUACAAAGCCGCAGCAGGACAGGUCGAUUCUGUCAAAGGUAUUUCCCUCCGCUUUCCUCGUUUUCUUCGCAUUCGAGACGACAAGAAGCCCGAAGAAGCGACAGACAGCAACCAGGUUGCAGAAAUGUACCGUAAUCAAGACAGUGUCAAGAACAGUGCUGCCCCGACGAACCCUGACGAGGAUGACUUUUACUGAUAGCUUCUUUCAGUACUUACAUGACAGAUUGCACAUUAGUUAUCCUCUUGUAAGUCAAACCUCCUGGGGGAGUUGACAUAUUUAAGAUCUUCAUUUACAACAAGAUGCCUUUUCUUAGCGGGACAUCAUUUGCACGCAAUAGGUUGCUAUCAAUAGACGUCACUWCCGGUAAUAGCUCUUUUUUGAUGGCUUGUAGAAUCCUGGAGGUUGUUUUGAUCUCUUGUUUUCUGGUUUGAUGUCGCGAAAAUAGUCAAAUACAAUAGU